AUGUGCAACAGAAAGCGGAGUGAGGGCCCUCGAACCUGUUCUGGUCAGCGACAACUCGGAGGCUCGCUGAGAGAUCCGCUUCCACGUCCCUCAUUUGCAAGCAGCGAGACCCAUACUACCGGAAUGUCCUCAAAGCUGGAAUUUGGCAGUGCGCUGGGCACUUCGGCCACGUCCUUCCCACGCGCACACGACAAAAUCGCCGAACCGAGAGACACGCUCUACUUUGUUGACAAUGAAUUUCGACACUCGGCCACCAAGGACUUUAUCGAUGUCCACGAUCCCGCGACUAACGAGCUUGUCUCGAGAGUCCCGAAAAUGACGACCUCUGAGCUCGAUGAUGCAUUAGUGUCGGCCCAGAAAGCGUUUCCUCCGUGGAGGGCCAUGUCGGCCAUUGCGAGGCAGCAGAUCAUGUUCCGCUUCGUUGCCUUGAUCAGAGAGCAUUGGGACCGACUUGCUGCUGUCAUCACUCUGGAACAAGGCAAGACUCUGGCUGACUCCAAGGGCGACGUUCUACGGGGUCUACAGGUAGCGGAGGCUGCGUGUGCCGGUCCUGAAUAUAUGAAGGGCGAGGUUCUGGAAGUCGCCAAAGAUAUGGAAACAAGGACUUAUCGGGAGCCGCUCGGUGUCGUGGGUGUUAUAUGCCCAUUCAAUUUCCCUGCCAUGAUUCCUCUAUGGUGCAUACCGAUAGCGACAAUUACCGGUAACACCGUUGUUUUAAAACCAUCGGAACGAGCACCAGGUGCAGCCAUGAUACUUAUGGAGCUGGCAGCCAAAGCUGGUUUUCCCAAGGGUGUGAUCAAUGUGGUCCAUGGGGCUCACGACACAGUGAACCAUCUGCUCGAUACCCCAGUCAUCAAGGCCAUUAGCUUUGUCGGGAGCAAUGCAGCGGGAGAAUAUAUUUACGAAAGAGGCUCUGCUAAUGGCAAACGGGUGCAAGCAAACCUCGGGGCAAAGAACCAUGCCGUUGUCUUGCCUGAUGCUGAUAAGGAUUCGACCCUGGAGGCUAUUUCCGCCGCAGCAUUUGGUGCAGCCGGCCAGCGAUGCAUGGCUUUGUCUGCUGUUAUCUUUGUCGGCGAAACAAAAUCCUGGAUCUCAGACUUGGUUAAACAAGCAAAGUCUCUUCGUGUGGAUGGCGGCUUUGAAGACAAGGCAGACCUUGGCCCUGUCGUGACCCCCCAAAGUAAAACCAGAAUCCAAGACUUGAUCACUAGUGCUGAAAGCGAGGGGUCCGACAUUCUUCUCGAUGGACGUAACUUCAAACACCCAAAAUACCCUAGGGGGAACUGGGUCGCUCCAACAAUUAUCAGCAAUGUCACUCCUUCAAUGCGGUGCUACAAGGAAGAAAUCUUCGGCCCGGUUCUCGUUUGCCUUCACGUGGACACGCUCGAUAGCGCAAUUGAAUUGAUCAAUGCGAACCCCUACGGAAAUGGCACAGCAAUCUUUACAUCUUCGGGGAUUUCCGCGGAGAGGUUCCGCAAGAAUAUCGAGGCUGGCCAGGUGGGAGUCAAUGUUCCGAUUCCCGUACCACUUCCGAUGUUCUCGUUCACUGGCAACAAGAAGAGCGUUGCCGGAGGUGGUGCCAAUACUUUCUAUGGCCGGCCUGGUGUCAAUUUCUAUACCCAGCUGAAGACAGUCACCUCGAAGUGGGCUGGUCGGGAUGACGUGUCGAAAAUGACACUGUCAAUGCCUACUGAUACUUAA